AUGUCAACAUAUUUCAGAUCAAGUGGAGUAUUUGAAUUGGGACUUGCUGGAAUUUUGCUUGUUACCAUCCUAUUGAUAUGUGCUACAGAGGGGUUGAAUUCUGAGGGGCAGCAUCUCCUAGAGCUGAAGAAUGGCUUCCAUGAUGAAUUCAAUCAUCUGCAGAAUUGGAAGUCCACUGACCAGACACCAUGCAGCUGGACUGGUGUGAAUUGCACGUCAGAUCAUGAGCCUGUAGUCUGGUCUCUUAAUUUGAGCGCAAUGAAUCUUUCUGGGACACUGAGCCCCAGGAUUGGUGGUUUGGUCAACCUAAAAUAUUUCGAUCUUUCUUACAAUGUGAUCACCGGAGAUAUACCGAAAGCAAUUGGAAAUUGUUCGGUGUUGCAAUACCUUUAUUUGAAUAACAAUCAGUUGAGUGGGGAAAUUCCUGCAGAACUGGGUGAGUUGGCUUUUCUUGAACGUCUGAAUAUAUGCAACAACAGGAUAUCUGGUUCACUUCCAGAAGAGUUUGGGAGAUUGUCUUCAUUGGUCGAGUUUGUGGCUUAUACCAACAAGCUGACUGGCCCAUUGCCUCGUUCAAUAGGGAAUCUGAAGAAUUUGAAAACGGUCCGUGCAGGGCAGAAUGAAUUUUCCGGUAGUAUUCCUGCUGAAAUAAGUGGAUGUCAGAGCUUGAAAUUGCUUGGUCUUGCCCAAAAUAAAAUAGGAGGGGAGCUGCCAAAGGAGGUUGGGAUGCUUGGGAAAUUAACUGAAUUGAUUUUAUGGGAGAACCAGAUAUCGGGGUUUAUACCGAAGGAGCUAGGGAACUGUACAAACCUUGGGACACUGGCUCUAUAUGCAAAUACUCUUACUGGACCAAUACCAAUGGAAAUUGGGAACCUGAAGUUUCUGAAGAAGCUGUAUCUCUAUCGGAAUGGGUUGAAUGGAACUAUUCCAAGAGAAAUCGGGAAUCUUUCAAUGGCAACAGAGAUUGAUUUCUCAGAGAAUUUUUUGACUGGCGAGAUCCCAUCUGAAUUCAGUAAGAUAAAGGGUCUACUACUUUUGUACCUCUUCCAGAACCAGCUUACAGGUGUCAUACCAAGUGAGCUUAGUAGCUUGAGGAACUUGACUAAGCUGGACCUCUCAAUUAAUGACCUCACUGGUCCUAUUCCUUUUGGGUUUCAAUACUUAACUGAAAUGCUUCAGUUACAGCUUUUUGACAACUCUCUUAGUGGUGACAUUCCUCAGGGGCUUGGACUUCAUAGCCGUCUCUGGGUGGUUGAUUUUUCAGAUAAUGAUCUGACAGGAAGAAUACCUCCUCAUCUUUGCCGACAUUCUAACCUGAUUUUGCUGAAUCUGGAUGCUAACAGGCUUUAUGGAAAUAUCCCAAAUGGGGUCCUGAACUGCCAAACGUUGGUACAGCUUCGUCUUGUUGGAAAUAAGUUUACAGGUGGCUUUCCAUCAGAGUUGUGCAAAUUGGUGAACCUUUCUGCUAUUGAACUGGACCAGAACAGGUUUACUGGUCUGGUUCCACCAGAGAUCGGGAACUGCCAAAGGUUGCAAAGACUUCAUAUUGCAAACAAUUACUUUGCUUCGGAGUUGCCGAAGGAACUAGGUAAUCUGUCUGAACUUGUGACCUUUAAUGUAUCAUCAAAUUUGCUCACUGGAAGGAUUCCACCCGAAGUUGUUAACUGCAAGAUGCUUCAACGACUUGACCUCAGCCACAACAGCUUUUCUAAUGCUUUGCCACAUGAGCUUGGAACUCUUCGUCAACUGGAGCUUCUCAGGCUUUCAGAGAAUAAAUUCUCCGGAAAUAUACCUCCGGCAUUAGGAAAUCUCUCCCAUUUGACUGAAUUGCAGAUGGGCGGCAACUCAUUUUCUGGUCAAAUUCCUCCAGCUUUGGGUUCGCUUUCAAGCUUGCAGAUUGCAUUGAAUCUCAGUUAUAAUAAUCUUAGUGGCAGCAUACCUCCAGAGCUUGGUAAUCUUAAUUUACUGGAAUUUCUCCUGCUCAAUAACAAUCAUUUGACUGGUGAGAUUCCCAAAACAUUUGAAAUUCUGUCGAGUUUACUGGGAUGCAACUUCUCAUACAAUGACCUUACUGGACCUUUGCCUUCCAUACCACUAUUUCAGAACAUGGCUGUCAGUAGCUUUCUUGGAAACAAAGGGCUUUGUGGUGGGCCCCUUGGCUACUGCAGUGGAGAUUCAUCUUCUGGUUCUGUUCCACAAAGAAAUAUGGAUACUCCUCGAGGUAGGAUCAUCACAAUCGUUGCGGCCAAUGUUGGUGGGGUUUCUCUCAUUCUGAUAAUAGUGAUACUAUAUUACAUGAGACGUCCCACCGAGACAGCUCCUUCCAUACAUGAUAAGGAGAAUCCAUCCCCAGAAUCAGAUAUCUACUUUCCUCUAAAGGAGGGAUUCACUUUCCAAGAUUUGGUUGAGGCCACCAACAAUUUUCAUGACAGCUAUGUUGUUGGAAGGGGAGCUUGUGGAACAGUCUAUAAGGCAGUUAUGCCUUCUGGGAAGACCAUUGCAGUGAAAAAGCUUGCAUCUGACAGGGAGGGGAGUAACAUUGAGAAUAGUUUUCGGGCUGAGAUUCUGACUCUUGGAAAGAUCAGGCACCGAAACAUAGUGAAACUUUACGGCUUUUGCUAUCAUGAAGGUUCCAACCUGCUUCUUUAUGAGUACAUGGCUAGGGGUAGCUUGGGAGAGCUGCUUCAUGGGCCCUCAAGUAGCUUGGAAUGGUCAACUCGGUUCAUGGUCGCUCUUGGAGCUGCUGAAGGGCUUGCUUAUUUACAUCAUGACUGCAAACCAAGAAUUAUUCACCGUGAUAUAAAGUCAAAUAAUAUUCUACUUGAUGAUAACUUUGAAGCCCAUGUUGGUGAUUUUGGUUUGGCGAAAGUAAUUGACAUGCCUCAGUCCAAAUCAAUGUCAGCAGUUGCAGGAUCAUAUGGGUAUAUUGCACCUGAGUAUGCCUACACAAUGAAGGUUACAGAAAAAUGUGACAUCUAUAGCUAUGGAGUUGUUCUAUUGGAGUUGCUAACUGGAAAAACUCCUGUACAGCCACUAGAUCAGGGAGGUGAUCUUGUCACUUGGGCAAGACAGUAUGUUCGGGAGCAUGCAUUGACAUCUGGGAUACUUGAUGAACGAUUGGAUCUUGAAGACCAAAGCAUGGUUGCUCACAUGAUUAAUGUCUUGAAAAUUGCUCUACUUUGCACGAGUAUGUCGCCUUUUGAUCGGCCAUCAAUGCGCGAAGUUGUGUUGAUGCUUAUUGAGUCUAAUGAGAGAGAAGGUAACUUUACUCUGUCUUCGAGUUAUGAUUUUCCUCUGAAGGAUGAUGCUUCACAAAAAUAG